AAUAUUGGAUCAACGCAAGCGGAUGCUACUGUAACUGUAACGGACCAAAGAGCGGCUUUAACAGCGUCUUCUUCGUCUUUAAGUCAACAAAAGAAAGAGAGACCAAGUGAUAAAGUGGGAGAGAAACCGAUUUGUUUCUCAUUUUGUGCUUAUCAGUUGGAAACCUCCAGCAAGGCCAGACAGACUAUUCCCAGACCCAUUCCCAGCUCAGAGUUUAGUACAGUGUGAAACGCUGGCUGAGCGGACGCGAAAAAUCAUUCAGAAGAUCCUCUAGUUUCAAAAAAAAAAAUAAAAAAAGAAGAAAAAUCGGCAUUAAACAAAAUAUAUAUAUUCCACAAUUAUAUGCAUAUUUAUCUAGUCUAUGUAUAACCAUUCAGUGUAAAACCUAAGAAAAAAACCAAAAAGAAUAAGAAUGAGGCGACUCAAGUGCUCGGUGUUUAUGUAUUUAUUCUUAAUCAUCGAUGCCGGACAAGCCUUCAACAUAAUCGGCAUUAACAAACAAAUGCUUUACGAAUAUGUGGGAAAUGUGUUAGUUGGAGCCAAGCCUCAGGAUGAAGGACAUCCCUCGCCACCCACAACAGGAUGGAUAGUCCGGGGCAAAUUGACAUUACAGCGGCAAAGUGAAUUGAUUAUGGCAGCGGCGCUGGUUAUUGACGAUGUAACAUUAAACAAUUCGGGCGAAAAGUUUCUGCAAAACAAGGAAAUGUAUCCGCCAUACAAACCUUUUAAGAUAGUGCUCAGUAACAACACAGGAACAAUAUCGCAUAUUAUAUUUAAAGAAGGUGAUCCAAUUUGGUCAAUGAAUUUUAAGAGAGCAAUAGCUUCAAUUUUGCAAUUCCAAAUGAAGUCCAGUGGUGCUUUUGUGAUCGAUGAGCUGGGUAUUCACGGCAAAUGUCAAACGGAGUAUUUUAUUUCAAAUAAGACCAAUUAUAUAUCAAUCCGUAAGACUCCAGAGUUGAAGACAUGUACACCCUACUCGGAGGCUGUCCACGUGACUAGAAGUAACGUUCCACCAAAUACCUGUGAAUUUGAUUAUCAGAAGAGUGUCAUUAUUGGAAAUGAGGCUAUCUACGGCUUAUUGCCACACAAUGAAACGGGAUAUUUUCUGAGCAUGGCUCAUGCCAAAGGAACGACUCUUAUUCAUACGUUUGAAUCAACGGGAGAAGCUCAAUAUAUAAAUUCCGAAUUGUUACUCAACUUUCUGAAAGAAACAUCCAUUGAUAAUCCUAUUGACAUUGAAACCUCGAUGGCUUCCGAGGUCUCCAACUUGGAACUAGAAACUCCAACCAACGAUCCAACAGGCGGUCGGAAUUUCCAGCAGCAGGAAACUCUUAUAGCAGAUGCAGCCGGUCUGCUGGAUAAUCUAGCCGAGGCUUUGGAAAGUACCGAGUUUAAGUUCAGUGAACCCUAUGAUUCCACUUUAUCCGAUGUGAUUAGAAUUCUCAGUCAACUUGAUUUUGAGUCACUUAAGAAACUUUACACAGAGGUGGAUAUUGGUACAUCGUAUCGUCAAGAGACAAUAAGAAAUAUCUUCCAUGAGAUUAUACCACGAAUUGGAACGAAGGCCUCAGUGUUCCUUACACAUCAUCUGGUAACGACCGACGGAAAAGUGAAACCACCAAUUGCAGUUCAACUGUUAAUUCCAAUGCCCUUUCACAUUUUUGAACUAUCCGCUGAGUUGGUGCAUGUGUGUCAGGACUUCCUUAAAAUUGGACCUGAUCGUCCCGAUGUGCGACAGGCAGCAAUUUUAAGCUUUGCCACUUUAGUCUACAAUGUGUAUGUGGCUCAUGGCAUUGACAAGGAUCAGUUUGAAGAAUAUGUGCAGAAAUAUUUCAAUCUAUACCUAAACGAUCGUGACUAUGAGCAAAAGAUGCUUUAUCUCCAGGGACUUAGUAACUUACAAUUGGGCAAUGUGGCUAGUUACCUCGAACCGAUUGUCUCGGAUCCCAAUGAGAAUGAAGAUAUCAAGUUUAUGGCUGCUUGGACGACAUUAGCAUUGGCCGACAGUCGUGCUGAACGCAUAUAUGAGAUUUAUUGGCCCAUUUUUGAGUCUCGUAAUGCCAGUUUAGAGUUGAGAGUAGCCGCUGUUACACUGCUACUAAUCUCUAAUCCAACGGCUGCACGACUAAUCAGCAUUCAUCGUAUAAUACAAAGUGAAACCGAUCCACACAUGAUAAACUAUUAUCGCACUACAGUAACCAGUAUAUCGGAGACAACCUAUCCGUGCUAUCAGCAUUUACGACGCCUUUUGUCCUAUAUGCAUCGACAUUUGCCACAAAAGCCAGAGCCGCGAUAUUGGGUCACUGGUAAUUACAUAUUUGAUUACAGAGAUAACAAAUUUGGCAUUGGAGCUAUGUUGCAAGCGUUUCUUGUGGGUGAUCCUAAAUCGGAUAUGCCAGUAGUGGCAUAUUUUAAGUUUGAUACCGAGGCACUGGGAAAAUUCACUGGUCAACUGGCUCUUUACAUCAAAGCCCGAGGUCUUCCCGAUGCCAUUUUAAGUACAAUAAAAUCGAAAAACAACAGUGAACCAUUCAGCUUUAGAAGCCUAAAGACUUUACUCUCGAUGUUGAAAGCUCCAAUAAUUAAUCCCCAAAAUCUGCACAUUGAGUUUAUACUGCAAAUGGAGGGAAAGACGGUUCUAUCCUACUACUUGAAUCAGCGCAUGUUCCGUCAGUUGACCUAUGACAAUAUUCUUGAUCGCCUACAACAAGUUAUACGAACUGAUAGUCAUAUCAAUAUGCAGACUGUACGUUGGCCCUUUAUGAACAAAUACUCUGUGCCGACUGUCCUGGGCACAACUGCUGAUGUACUACUUCAAACGACAGUGUUGACCUCUCUUCGCGGAAACAUAACCGAACAUCGAACACCGCCAGCCAGUAGGCAUACAUUGGAGAUUGAUGCGAGAUAUUCAUCGUAUGCAUCGGUGUGCAGUCGCAGCUAUAAUCCAUUUUUGAAUUUGGAUCAUGAGAUAAUACGGGAACAAGGUUUCCUUAUUUACAUUCCGUUUAGCAUUGAAUGGAAUCGCAAUGAAAAUGGAGCAAAUGGCUGCACCAGAUACUCCUUUAUACGCCCUCAAAAUCUAACAAGUGGUCUGUCGUUUAAAUCGCGGGCAGUGACUAAAACACGAGGACUUAUAACUAAGACAGCAGCGGGUCUAUUUGAAGAAAUAAUGCUACCAGAGAGAAAUCAUGAAGUGUUCCAGCUUUUUAGCUAUGAUGUACCAGAUUUAGGCGUGAAGUUGACCGUCAAUACGAACCUUAAUGAAUUGGUUAAAUAUCGUGGAAUGCUUUUAAAAUCAGAGUUUAUAGAGAAUGGCUUCUCGCGAAAUAUGGCUCUAAGUAUUCUGAUGUAUAUAUUUGGUUUUACCCAGUUAAGUUCCAUUCAUCUUGGUCAUGACCGUAAUUUCACUUUGCUGAUGUUCAAUGAUAAUGCCACUAGGGUUGAUGGCAACACCUGUGUCGAAGAUGUUUUGAACACUGCCGAUUUGCAGGGCAAACAAAUUACCUUUACUCUCCAUCAUACCGACUUGACACAUAAUGUAGAGGCUGUGCAUAAAUGGAACGUCUCAUUAGACGUACAGACAUCAAAGAAAUCCAGUUGGUUUAAAAUAAUUGGAAAGAUACAACGCAAUACCAAGGACAAUGAUGACUGGAAAGCCUGUACAAAGUUAACAUACGAGCCGUUGGUUUUUACAAAACGACCACACACCCUGAAUGGUUAUGUUGUGUUUGGUCUCGCCACCGAGGUGGCAGAAUGUCCGGAAAGUGGUUCCACUAUGCAGUUUGCAGCACGAGCAGGCCCCUCGGAGCAUGCUCAUGCCUUUUUGCGUUCGGAUAAGAUCUCGCUGACCGAUACGGAUUUCUGUCCCAAGGAAGUUCUGAAAUUCUCACCCAUUCCGACGUCAAAAUAUUGCAAACGAAGUAACUUUGAGAAUUUCACAUCUAUUACACAAUACGAUAUGGACCUAAAGUUUAACAACAUGCCCGCCUGGUUUGAAUUAUGGUCGACUAGAUUGGAUCAUUUGGUUUCGGCCUUAUCGGCCCAUAAAGUUAACUCCUUGCAUAUGAGUCAGGAGAUAAAUAUCACAAUGCAUACACCGCACGACUAUUUUUGGAUAAAUGUGGAGGUGAAUGGGGUUAAUUGGCGGAUCUAUCACAUUCCCUUCCUCUACAAAUUGGACUCCAAAUUCGAUGCCUCACACGAGCUCACUUACGACUCGGGUCUAAAACGUUCCUGUUCGGUUAUCAAUGGCAUGAUAAAUACAUUUGAUGAUUAUCUCAUCAAUCUGCGUGAGAUUAUCACUAAUCCAAAGUGCUUAACACUGCUGGCGGCUGAUUGUUCAUCGCAGCCUAAAAUGGCAGUUUUCCUAAUGCCAACAUCAAGUUCUAGCAAUUAUGGUCUACGUGUCCACAUUGGACAGAAUUACUUUAACUUCAACUCAAGACCAGGCAAUAUUAGUCUGGCGACCAAUGACGAUCCAGUUUUUAUCUAUCUAAAUGGAAAUCAAUCGCAUAAUGUAAGGGACCAACCCUACCAAUGGCCAGAGACUAGCGACUAUGAUUUUCGAGUCGAGCUUAAUGAGCAAAACAUUCUAAUUGUGGAAUGCUCUCAACUAAGUGCCACAAUUCAAUUUGAUAUGUAUAAUAUUUUGAAUUUCGAAAUCUUUGGCGUUAACAAGCGUCAAAUUUGUGGUCUAUGCAGCAAACCUCUCAAUCGCAUGCAGAACUAUACGCUAUGUGAGGAUGCUGCCAUAGAGAGCAGCAAUCCGUUGGCAGCAACAACUGGAUUAAUCCAAAAUAAAUCUGCAGCGAAUUAACACAUGGCAACAUGGUAGAAACAAAAGUUAAUAUAUAAAUAAUAUUUUACGAGAAAA